AUGACACGACCCGUGCCAAGAAGACACGCUUUUGACCCAGAGGACUCGGACCUUUUUGAGUGGCAGGAGGCAGCGCUCUCCUUGUGGGCGGAAAAGCUUAGGGAGAAACAGCGGCUCUUCGCGGAGCGAGAGCACGUCUUCGAGGGGACUCGCCUGGCUCUGGGCGGGCCUCGGAGACGCCGCGUUCUUCCACCUGCUGCCUCACCUGCACCGGAGCAUCCGCCGCGGAGAGUGGGCGUUUCUCGCUGCGCUUCAGCGGCUCCCUCUCUCGCGGCUCUGUUCCUCGCUGACACGCCACCUGCCUCAUGCACCGGACCUUCAGCCUCGCUACGGCACAGCGGCUCCGCCUCCCAUCUCGGCUCAACGGAGGCUCCCGCGCCAGAGGCUCGGCUGUGUACCCCGCCCGCUCUCUCUUCCCGGAGAGAGCGGCGCGCCCGCCGCCAUCGCACUUCCCAUUCGGAGCUGCAGCAUCCGGUGGUGAGCGAAACAGACUUUUUUCUUUCCUCUCACUUCAAGCCAGAGACUGCUCACUAUCCACCUAAUCAAAAGACUGUAUGUUGUGAUGACAUUCUGGACUACCCUAUUAAUACGCACCACUCUGCCCCCAAAGAGACUGUUCCACCAUCUCAGGCCACUGCUAAAGACAUUAUCCCCGCUACACCUAAUAAUUUCUCCCACUCAAUCACCAUUUCCUCACCCAUUACUCAACCUUUUUUUGCCAGCACAGUGGCUCAGAUUCAGCCUUCCCCUUCACCUGUUUCACCUUCUCAGGUGAAGGCAGCUAGGGCUCAGCCUGUCCCUGUGCCAGCUCCCAGGAUGAGAGCAGCUGUGACCCAGUCUACCUCCACACCCGUUCCUGUUUCUCGGGUGGGGGUGACUGGUGUCCAGCCACCUCCCGUGCCUGUCCCAGCACCCAGGCUGAAGGCCGCUAGACCCCAGCCUGACCUCCCUAGAGGCUCGGAAGAGCCAGCCUCUCCACCUGUCAGUUCACCUCUUCAUCCACCUCCUGAUCCAGCCUUUCACGCCCUCGCACUAUCCCUGGUUAGGCUAGCUGAGGUGUCCCCUGCCCAGGCACCAGCUUUACUAGCCCAGGCUGUAGCUCUAUCUCCUUCACUAGCGCAGUCUGUAGCUCAGCCGUUAGCCACACCAACCACAGCUCCAUCGUCAGCCUCGCCUACCUCUGUUCAUCCUUUAGCAUCCCCACUCCAGUCAGUUCCCUCACCUGCUGUUCAGCCUCCAGCCCAGUCAGUUCCCACGCCUGCUGUUCAGCCUCCAGCCCAGUCAGUUCCCACGCCUGCUGUUCAGCCUCCAGUCCAGUCAGUUCCCUCUCCUGCUGUUCAGCUCCCAGUCCAGUGAGUUCCCUCUCCUGCUGUUCAGCUCCCACUCCAGCCAGUUCACUCUCCCGCUGUUCAGCUCCCACUCCAGCCAGUUCACUCUCCCGCUGUUCAGCC